AUGGGUGACGCCUUGGCAGUAGAAGAGCAGCGCUCGCUCAUGAGCGCUAGAUCCCUCACUCCCGAGCCGGUAUUGCUGACACAAAGUCGCUCAGAACUUGUCAAGCGAUGUCGUGCCAUGAUCAUCAAGCUACUCCCUGUCGAAGUCGAGCCAUCGCAGAUAACCGAUGCCACUAGCAGUAUCAUCACUCCCGAGGUCAUUGCUGCAUUCGCCAAGUGCGGUGGAGACUUUGGAGAGACGAUCCCCUUUGCUCUCCUCCGUGCCCAAACCAACUUUAUCAGCGAAGCCUACAAAAAUCCGGCCGACUACGAUGAGAACACUUGUAGGGGUCUCGCAGCAGAGGUACUAGCUCGACGCAUCGUGCACAACUUGCCGACCGACAGGCUUGAGAGCGUCAUGAGCACUCGGUACCGCUACAGAGAGAGUGACGGUGACGUCUCGGCGCCCACUAGUGCUCUCGAGACUGCUAUCGAUCAACACUGCACUGACUUCUUGUCUUCCAGUGAAGCUCAGCACGUCGUCAACUCUCUCUGGCGAGGAGAUUGGGUACAGCGCAACAAUGACGAUAUGGACAUUGACUAUGUACCUUACGAGCCCGUCGAGACAGACAGCUUUUGGAGACAUUUGAACCCUGAUAGAAUGGCUGUGCCCAGGUACCAAGCUGUCUUCAAGAUCUUGGUAUGGUUUGUCUUCCUGUUCGUUUAUUCUCAAACGGUCCAGGGACCCCUCGAGCAUUUCGAUGCCGAUAGGAAAUGGGACUUUUACGAGGUUCUGUUGUACUUCUUGUCGGGGUCAUUCCUGAUCGAAGGCAAGUCGUUUCUCCCUGGUGGUCGAAAGUUUGCUGAUGGCAAAAUUGUACGAGUCGCUCCUCGUCCUAUGGCGGCCGUCGGCUUCUGGACAGUAGUCAACAUCAUCAUCGACGUGCUCCUCGUCACUGCUUUCGGCCUUCGUGUGGCGGGACUCAGUGUGGACCCUUCUGAUACCGACACAUCCCAGCACCUACAUUUCAGGAGUUUCCAAGUGCUCAGUUGCGUGGCGCCAUUCAUCUGGAUGAAAUUGCUCACCGUCUUUGACGGUUUCCAGACUGUUGGAACUCUUCAAGUCGUCGUAUCCCGCAUGCUCCGAGAGUCGACGAUCUUCUUCAUCUUAUUGACCAUUAUGGGUGUUGGAUUUGUGCAGUCUCUCUAUGCCCUGGAUGCUGCCGAUGGAGAGAGCGGCGGCAAAGCUAUCGUUAUCAACAACCUGAUUCAAGCGCUCUUAGGAUCUCCCGACUUUGAAUCGCCUUCAGAACGUUUCGGAUAUCCCUUCGGUCUCAUCGUCUUCUACGGCUGGAACUUUGUCGCAACCAUCAUUCUCGUCAAUGUCCUUAUCGCCUUGUUUGGCUCUGCCUACUCGGACGUGACGGACAACGAGACUGAUGAGUACUUGGUCUUCUUUGCCCACAAGACUAUCGACUUGAUCCGAGCUCCGGACUCGUAUGUCUAUCCUGCCCCCUUCAACUUGAUCGAAGCGUUCUUCAUUGCACCGCUCGAGUUUGUUCUUUCAAACGAAAAGUACAUUGCUCUUAACCGUGUCGUCAUGACGGCCAUCUUUGUGGUUCCACUUACCGUCAUUGCUCUUUUCGAAUCUCAAAUUGCUCACUCAAAGAGCCGCCGCCUGCGACAGUACUUCCAGGGCCCGCCCCCGGAUGAAGACGACGAUCCCAAGAUUGAAGACCCGUCUUGCGAUGAGGAUGAGGGCGGAGAGAUCUCCACAGUCAAGUUUGAAGAGCUUAUCAGUGUGUUCCCCAACACUGCCGUCACUGAAAGCUCUGUGAUUCAUCGUGAGAUCAGGAGUGUGAAGGAACAGCUGGAGAGGUUGGAAAAGUUGUUGGAGGCGAAGGGAGGAUUCAAGUGA